AUGGGCAACACCAAAACCAUCAUCCUACGCGGGCUACCAUCAUCAUACUUGGGCAUCACCACCAUCAUUCCCACUCAGGCCAAGGUCACACUCACCUUCACAAGGUCCACACUGCUCCAGCACAAGUCAUCAAUCAUCAACAACACUGGAGGCACAGACUCAGGCUGCAACUCCCUGCUCUUCUUGUCAGCUCAGCCCACCACCAAGGCCACGCCAAAGGCCUCUCCUCCCAUGCAUGGCCAGGGUGGUGGCAGCACCAAGAAGAAGGACCACAAGCCACAGCACUAUGGCAGUUCCACCAUGAACAUGCACAGGCCCAACAACAGAAAGGACAUGAACGCCAAACAGCAAUUCCUGUUUGAUCCCACCCUGCAAUGCACCUACUGCACCCACCCCAGGCACAGUGUCAAACAGUGUGACACCAAGUGCAAGGCUGCUCUUCUACAGCAGGAAUGCACCUACAUCGCCAUAGAACACCCACUCCCACCUGUCAAGAUGCUACUUGUUGGGAGCACUGAUGCUGUGCACAAUCACACUCAAUCACAACAGCACUAA